AACAAUCGCAGUGCGCUCAGUGCCCUGGUCGAAUGUUUUUGUUUGUUGUGUUUUUUUAUUUAUCGCGUUUAAAAGUGUUUUAAAGUGAAGUUUUAACUGCAAUGGAGCUGCCGAAAGAGUUAUCCAUUGCGGAGAUCCGUAAUUACAUGUUGGCAAACGACUGCAAGGUGACAAAUCACGCGUUGGUGAAGCAUUUCAAGAAAUUUCUUACGCACCCGCAGUCGCAAAAUGAAGCUCGAAAGCGUUUCAAAACCUAUGUCACAUUGCUCUCCACGAUAAAGAACGAGAACAAUCAGAAAUUCUUAAUAUUGCGCAAGAAAUAUGUUAACGAAUGUCCAACAGAGGAAGUUGUGGAGCGCGCGGUGGCCGCCGCAUCUAGUAAUCCGGAACCCUCGAGUCCCGGCGGAGCAUCGCUGAACUUUGACUCUCCCAUGAGGCAGCCACCGCCCUAUAAACCGCCUCCAAUGGUCACCUCGCCACCAGGAGUCUCCGUUAGCAAGGAGCACCAGGAGAAUUACCAGGAUUGCGUGAACGAAUUCACAGCUGCCAUCGAACGCAUAGAUCCUGCCCGCUUGGAAAAGCAACCCGCGGAUAAGCCAAAAGAUCAGGAGCCGAGUAAACAAACCUCCCGAUCGAACUCCAUCGAUGUGACCGACAACAAGGAGAACAUACCUCGAUUCUCCUUCUCCUCGGAGGCCUCCACAGAGUCCGGCUCCAGCGAGAAGCUGGAGAAGCCCGAUCCCAGCACACGAGCCGCCGCCGAGGGCGAUGUGGCCGAGAAUCCCAUCAGCGUGAAGGAGGCCACGCGCAAGUUCAACCGGAUGGCAUCCGAAGAAGAGGCUAAAAUCAUAUCGCCGCCAGCCAAGAAGAAGCCAGAGAAGCAAUUAAUCGAGGAGAAGGAUUCGCCGGAGGUUACACUGGCGCAUCCCAAGGCGAAGGAGUGGAUCGUCUCGAUGGCGAAGGCUAAUUACCAGGAGUUGGCCAAGAUGGCCAGCGAGCACCCGGAACUGGUUAAGCUGCAGUGUCCAGCAACGGGCUAUACCGCUUUGCACUGGGCAGCCAAGCACGGCAACGAAGACGUGGUUAAACUAAUUGCCGGCACCUAUAAGGCCGAUGUAAAUGCCAGAACGAACGGGGGAUACACCCCACUGCACUUGGCUACCCAAUUUGGCAGAGAUAAUAUAUUUGAACUACUUUGGAAUGUCUACAAGGCCAAUCGGGACAUCAUGGACUGGAGUGGCAACAAGCCGCUGGACUACAGCCGCCAGCGGUCGAGUGUCUCCGCCUCGACGUGCAGCAAAAUAAAGGCUCGCAAAAAGCAUGCAAUCGAAAAAGACUUGGGCUUCCUGCGGAUUGGUUCGCUGAAUGUCCGGGUAAAGAAGACCACCGAGGCGUUCAGCAAUUUCUUGGGAGUGGGCAACGGCAGUGGGGUGGCACCGACGGGCUACGGCAGUGGUGGAGCGGCGGGAGCAGCAAGUCGCCCUCACCAUCGGUCUCACCGAGCCCCUCAUCAGCGUCAUCAUCACCACGUUGGUACGACACGGAGUCGCCAUCCGAAUCAGAGGGCAGCGAUGAGCACACCCUACGGGACGAACGGCCUGCCGUCGAGGGCGAGUGUUCCCAAUAAUCGGAACAUCUACGAUGGAGUCCACAAAUCGUGGGGAUCGGCGGACAAUAUAACCCAGAGAUCGGAGGAACUAAUGCCGCCGCCAAAGACGGUGGAUUAUAUCAGCAAGCGGAAUAAGUCCUCGAAGCGGUCAUCUUACGCCUCUAAUAACACCGAUUCGCCACGUGAUUCCAUCUGCUCCUCGCACUCCAGUUCGAAUUUAAAUGGUGGAUAUAGCAGUAUGCCCACAACCCCGAAUCAGUUGAGGGCUCCCAAGGGGAUUGUUCAAUCCUUUGCCGUGGAUUCCGAUUCGGAUUCCGCUUGUGGAUUUGACUCCAGUUGGUCCGUCAACUGUCGCGGAUCUUCGAGCAGCAAUCCAUCACAAUCCUAAUUACCUGAAUAAAUGUGCUAAGCCACAUGACUACUACUUAUAACAUUGAUCACAUAAAAGUAUUUGUUUUCAAACUACUAACUUAUAUUUAAAUUGAAACUUGUUUUUUAUAAUCCUUAAUUUUGUGUUUGUAAAAAUUCAAUAUUGAAUGAACUUAUUUUUUCAGUUUUGAUGUCCUGUUUAUUGUGCUCUAUCACUGACUUACAACAUAACCAUUAAAAAAUUUAAAGUUGAUUAAAAAAUAAAGAUUAUGCAUUU